AUGGCAGCAGCAACAGCAGCUCCCUCUUCAGGAGGGUUCGAACCGAAGGCUCGCAAGCGCGUACUGAGAGUCAUUGCCAUCUCUCUCCUCCUUGACCUUAUCUCCUUCACAUUCAUCCUCCCCCUCUUCCCGAAGCUCCUCGAGUUCUACCGCGACCGCGAAGCCGGCCCCGCCACCGCAAACGCAACCGAGCCCGCGACCCUCCUCCAAAGUGUCCUCUCCGGCCUCAACCGCUACAAGGCCGCCUUCGCUCGCCCCAUCGACUCGCGCUACGACAUCGUCCUCCUCGGCGGCGCCCUCGGCUCUCUCUUCAGCUUACUACAGGCCAUUGCCUCCCCGCUCAUCGGCCACCUCUCCGAUCGCCAUGGCCGCCGCACCGCUCUGCUGGCCUCCAUGUGCGGCAACAUUCUGUCUGUCCUUCUCUGGGUCGUCGCCGUCGACUUCCGCACCUUUGUCGCGUCGCGCGUCGUCGGUGGUUUGUCUGAGGGCAACGUCCAACUUGCGACUGCUAUGGCAACCGACAUUUCCGACGAGCAGAGCCGCGGCUCCACGAUGGCGCUCAUCGGCGCAUGCUUCUCCAUCGCCUUCACCUUCGGACCGGGUCUGGGCGCGUGGUUGAGCAGCAUCAGCACGGUCAAGGAGAACCCCUUCGCGACGGCCGCUGGGUUCAGCUUGUUUCUCAUUCUCACCGAGACGCUGUACCUCUACUUCUGCCUCCCCGAGACGCUGCCAUCCUUGACCGGCAAGGGUGCCAAGAAGGAAGAGAAGAAGGCGGCCCCUCCUGCGCCCGUGGUGCGCACCAACUCCCACUUCCUCCUGAACGCCGUCCACUUCGUCUUCCUACUAUUCUUCUCCGGCAUGGAGUCUUCGCUCUCCUUCAUGACCUACGAACUCUUCGCCUUCGGCUCCUCCAAGAACGGCCGCCUCCUCGGAUACGUCGGACUCGUCGCAUCGAUUCUCCAGGGCGGCGUCACGCGCCGUCUGCCGCCUCUUCUCUCCGUCCGCAUGGGCACCAUUGCCUGUCUCGGUGCCUUCAUUCUUCUCGGCCGCAUCUCGUCGAUCGGUGGUCUGUACCUCGCGGCUACGUGCCUGGCAGUGACGUCAUCGACGGUGGUGACCGGCCUGAACACGUUGAGCAGUUUCGAGGCUGCUGAGGGCGAGCGUGGCGGCAAGCUUGGUAUCCUCCGCAGUUGGGGCCAGCUCGGCCGUGGUCUUGGCCCGAUUCUGUUCACCAGUGUUUACUGGUGGGCUGGCCGUGAGGUCGCCUACAGCAUGGGUGCCGCGGGUAUGGCUGUGGUUGUGGCGACCGUGUUUGCGGGUCUCAAGACGCCGCCGGGAUCGUUGAAGAAGAAGGUUGCUGCUGAGAAGAAGACUGCGUAA